AUGGCCGCGAGAACCAUUAUCAUCGACCACGGGUCUGGCUUUCUGAAGGCUGGCUUGUCUGGGUGGAAUGAGCCGCAGAUGGUCUUUCCGAGCAUCGUGAACUACGUCCCGUGCAGGGAGAAUCCUGGCCCCAGCUAUGCCCAAAGGCGCGUGAGUCUAGGCAUUGACGUUUGCCAUCCUGAUACCUUUAGUUACCCCAUCCAGCGUGGCCGUAUCCUCAACUGGGAGGGUGUGGAGCACAUCUGGUCAUUUGUCCUGGAGAGACAUAGACGGGAGCAUGAGGACUUCCCCGUGAUGGUCACAGAGACCCCUCUGAUGGAGCCUGCGGACCGACGGAAGACCCUGGAGAUUAUGUUUGAGUUACAGGAUGUGCCGUCCAUACUGCUGGCCGACCAGCUGGAGAUGUCCCUGUACGCCUCCGGCCUCCUGACCGGCGUGGUGGUCGAUUCCGGCUACGGCCUGACCCGCGUGCAGCCCUUUUACCUGGGCCGCCCCUUGCGGCCCAGCGGCAAGACGCUGGAGUUCGCGGGCCAGGAUCUGUCGGCCUAUCUCUUCAAGAGCCUCUUUAAGGAGGAUUGCAACCACCACAACCUGUUUCAGCUGGAGACGGUGGCCACCACCCAGAUGAGCAAGUGCUACGUGCCCCAGAAUCUGGCAGAGGCGCUGGACUUCCGCCAGAGCCUGCCGAGCGGCUCGGAUGAGAACAACACCUAUCAGCUCCCCGAUGGCACCCCGGUGGAGCUGACCCCCUUGCAGCGGCUGGCCCCCGAGAUGUUCUUCAGCCCCCAGAUGUUCGACCUGCAGGGGCCCAGCAUCUCCCAGGCCGUGGUGGAUGCCAUCUUGGCCUGCGAGGCCACUGUGCACCCACUGCUCACCUCCCACGUGAUGGCCUGUGGGGGCAACACCCUCUACCCCGGCUUCACCAAGCGCCUGUACAAGGAGUUGAUUGCAGAUCAUUUCUCCUCCACCAAGGCCACCAUGUGGGUGGGUUCCAACAGAAACUUUAGCGUCUGGCUGGGGGCGUCUGUUGUGGCCCAUCUGUCUUCUUAUAAGUCCGAGUGGAUGACCAAAGAGGAGUAUGAAGAGAGUCAGAGGCUGUGA